AUGGCGGUGGAGACGAUGCGCGGUGGAGGAGGUGACGGCCGGUACAGGGGCGGUGGGCGGUGGCGAGGGGUACCGGUGGAGGAAGCCUUGCGGCUGCGCCUCCUCCUUGCCCGGCGGCUGCGCCUGCCUGAGGUCGCGGUGCCCUGGAUCUCGAGCUGGGCGGUGACCUCGGUUGCGCGUGGAUCUGGGCGGGACGGUAGACGGGGAAGAAGGAAGAGGGCGACACCCGCUCGGGAUGCGCCGCUCGGUGUCGGGCCGCUCCACCUCGGCUCCUCCGGUCCGCACCGACGCUGGCCUGCUCCACCUCGAUGGGGGUGCCUGGAAGAGGACGGGUGCAGUGGCGCUGGUAGGACUGAUAGAACACUAGACACUAACAAAGAGAUCGAUAAUGCAAUCUUCAAAAGGCAUAGAACUCCUACUUCUGGACAAAAACAAUAUUCGAGGCCAGCUGUCUUUGCAAUGUCAGGCUCGGGGACAAGGACGCAGAUAUGUAGGAGGAACCGGAUCAUCCUAAGCGGGCUGCUGUUGGAAAAGCCUGAGUCUCCUUCAGCUAAAGGUUCAGAAGAAACCAGGUUGCCAGUUGCUUCUGGUUCUGUUGCCUCUGGCACUAACAGUACAAACUUAGUCUGA